AUGCUGGGGAUGAAAUGUUCAGCAGGAGUUGCUGUUGAUGGAAUGUUAGCAGAAGAUUCUGUGAUGGAAUGUUUGUUAGUAAGUGAUGCUUAUGAUUGGCUGUUAGCAGAAGGUGCUAAUGAUAGAAUAUUAGCAGAAGAUGCCGUUGAUGGAAUAUUUGCUGUAGAUGCUAUUGAUAAAAUGUUAGCAAUAUCUGUUGGUGAUGGAAUGUUCAUUAGGAGAUGCUGAUGAUGUACUAUUAGCAGGAGACGCUGGUAAUGGAAUGUUUGUUAGUAGGUGAUGCUGAUGGAAUGUUAGCAGGAGAUGCUAUGUUGGAAUGUUAGAAAGAGAUGAUAUGACGGAAUGUUUGUUAGUAGGUCAUGAUGAUGGAAUGUUAGCAGGAGAUGCUGGGAUGAAAUGUUAGGAGAUGCUGGGAUGGAAUGUGAGCAGGAGAUAAUGAUGGAAUGUUAGAAGGAGAUGCUGGGAUGGAAUGUUAGCAGGAGAUGCUGAUGAUGGAAUGUUUGCAGGAGAUGCUGGGAUGGAAUGUUAGAAGGAGAUAAUGAUGGAAUGUUAGCAGGAGAUGCUGUGAUGGAAUGUUGGGAGAUGCUGAUGAUGGAAUGUAAGCAGGAGAUGCUGGGAUGGAAUGUUAGCAGGAGAUGGGGGGGGUGGAAUGUUAGCAGGAGAUGCUGGUGAUGGAAUGUUAGCAGGAGAUGCUGGUGAUGGAAUGUUGGGAGAUGCUGGUGAUGGAAUGUUAGAAGGAGAUGCUGUGAUGGAAUGUUGGGAGAUGCUGGGAUGGAAUGUUAGCAGCAGAUGCUGGUGAUGGAAUGUUAGCAGGAGAUAAUGAUGUAAUGUUUGUGGAAGAAAGUGGCGCGAGCACGUUUGGAAGUAGGAUGGGGAAGAAUUCCUUCUCUUUUUCAUCCCAUGUGUUUUUGUAGGUCUUUAUCCAGCUUCCAAUCACAUCUGGCACUCCAAAUUCUUUGUUGUUGUUGUCAAUAUUUAUUUUUUCAGAGCUUAGAGUUACGAACAUGCUUGUGAUACCAUUAUAUAUAUAUAUUAUUUUGAAGUGUACACAGCAGGAACGAAAAAACAAAACAAAAAAACAUUGUCAAGGCACUCGAUAAAACAGCUCCGGUUUGGUGUAAUAAAAUAAGAAUUAAAGACAGCCUAGGCUAACAUGUGGGAGACUGAAAACAGACGCUAGAGACAUAUAACAGGAGCAAUCAGGCUGGGGAGCUGCCAGUGUCACCUGACUGUGACUGUUCUGUAAUAAAAUAAAUGGAAGUGUUUUUGUCUGAGAGUGUACAGAACAAUAAAGUUUUAUUUGAAUGGGGUGGGUGUUUAGCACACCGGAAAACACGUGGUGUAAAUAGCUUAGUGCUCCAGCUGCUCUCAUCUCUAGUACAGUCACUUUCAUUCAUGGGAGGACAUUGUACCUAUAUCUAUCUGUCUGCACUCAGGUAAUCUAAUAGUGUGUGGUUUUUGUGAGAGGUCCUUGUGGAAAAUGUUAUAUCCUAAAGAAAUAUAAUCACAUUAUAAAAGAAUACAGCUACAGACUCAACAAUAGUAUAUACACUAAAAACUGUACAUCUGCUUGUAUUCUGAAUAUCAGUGAACAUCUUUAGCUUCAUAUAUAUUACAUAAUUAUGUGUGUAUUUAAUACUCUAUUUUUCCAUUUCCAGAUAUAAAAAAGCUACAGUAACAAGACUUUGUCAGGAGGGAAUUGCCCUUUAGCAAAAGAAAUUGCCCGAUCCAGGGAUUGGUAAUUGCAAAGAAGGAAGCAAUUAUUUUUAAAAAGAAAGUGAUGUUUCUCACGAGGAAAGCCGAUGAUAUAAGAUGCUCUAGGUGACUACACGGGAAGAGGAUGUCAGCGACCUAAGUAUGUUUAUACAUCCUUACUGACUCUUAAAUAAGUAAUUACUGACCUAAUUAUCUAUACACUGUCUCUGAUAAUAACUGUCACUUCUCUGUGAUAGGUAUUACUUAAUAAAACAUUGAAAAUAAUCCUAUAAAUGUUGUUAUUUUAAGAUUUAGCAAUUUUACCUCAUAAUCCAGUUCAGAAAAACAAAAUCAGGGCAAACGUGGAAGAGAAAUCGAAACAUUGUUUCAUUUUUUCCCUCGUCUCUCUGUACUCUAUCUAUGCUGAAUAUCAGGUGUAAAGAACAGAGCUUAGCACAAUGACUGACAGAGAGCUAAGGUGAAGGUGCCCAGUCGCAGGAUGAAGAAGUCUAGAUUUUCAUUUUUAUUACAUAUUUGUUAAAGGACUACUAUAGGCACCCAGACCAUUUCAGCUCAAUGAAGUGGUCUGGGUGCCAGGCCCCCUAGUUUUAACACUGCAGCUGAAGGGUUAAUCCGGCGAGGAUGCUUCCGCGAUUUACAUGGAGUUAAUCGUUGUGUAAUGCUGUUCUAUUGGCGAGUUUGAAUGCGCGAGCGCCUCUGUCCAUGCAUGCACAUUCGCCUCCACUCAGGAGCUGACGUCGAUGGAGGAGGAGAGGUCACUAAUGCUGAGGGAACCCGGCGCUGGAUUAAGGUAAGUGAAUAAAUGGUUAAUUAACCAAUGAUUUGCCGCAGAACGGGGCCCUAGACACUUUAACGGUGACUAAGGCUCUAUAGCGUUAGGAAUACACAUUUGUAUUCCUAAUGCAGUAGUGUUCCUUUAAAUAUGGGGAUAAGUAAACAUUACAAGUGACCGUUCCCCCUUUAAUAAAUGUAGGAUAUAUAUCUGGAAAGUAUGUGUUUAAAGGACCACUAUAGUGCCAGGAAAACAUACUCGUUUUCCAGGCACUAUAGUGCCCUCAGGGUCCCCCUCCCGCCCGGCUCUGGAAGGGGGAAAGUGGUUUAAACUUACCUUUUUCCAGCGCUGGGCGGAGAGCUCUCCUCCUCCGAUCCUCCUCCAUUCCUCCCCGUCGGCUGAAUGCGCACGCGCGGCAAGAGCUGCGCACGCAUUCAGCCGGUCGCAUAGGAAAGCAUUUACAAUGCUUUCCUAUGGACGCUGGCGUGCUCUCACUGUGAAAAUCACAGUGAGAAGCACGCAAGCGCCUCUAGCAGCUGUCAAUGAGACAGCCACUAGAGGCUUUGGGGGAAGGCUUAACCCAUUAAUAAACAUAGCAGUUUCUCUGAAACUGCUAUGUUUAUUAAAAAAUGGGUUAACCCUAGCUGGGUCUGGGUGCCUAGAGUGGUCCUUUUAAGGGGGCAACUGGUGUGAAAGAAAAGAAUCGCUGUGAUCUAUGAAGGAAACUAGACCUUUUUUUUUUUGUCUUGUGCAGUGUCGUACAUAGAAGCAAUGUUUGAUGAAUAAGUGCUGCUUUCUCUGAUGUUAUUUGUUUGGUAAGAUGGCAUUUUUCAUUUAUUAUAUAAAGUGUAUUACUUGUGCUUGUGCUUUAAUCAUUUGGAGGACAAAACAGGCAGUCUGAAAAAUGAAUCCAUUCCUGGUACCUCAGCCAGCGACCCCAACAUCUCAGAUGUAUUUGCUUUUUCAUGUUAAAACAAAUUUAUUACAUGGAGCCCUUUUCUCACUCCUCAUUUUUUAUUUUUUUUGUGCACCACAGGUUCCCGACUGCCUUUUCUUUGUGA